GGCUCCCCAGCGGAGGAGAGGCAACAACCGCAACAACAAGGGCAAGGGCAAGGACAACAAGAACAGCAAGAACAAGGGCAAGAGCAAUAAGAACAAGGACAAGAACAAGAAGAACAAGAAGAACAGGGCGAAGGACGAUAAGAAGAACAAGAGGAAUAACAAGAAGGAAAAGGAUAACAAGAAGAAUAACAAGAAGAACAACAAGAAGAACAACAAGAAGAAGAACCGAAUGGGAAAUUCCGCUGAACCGCGAACCUUCUCAGAGUCCGACCAGGUCUUCCCGACCCAGCAGGAACGUCUGACCGGCAACGCCCACCUUACCGGCCUCGAGAACAUACAGCGCGAUGGAGAUGUUGUUCUCGAUUCUUCCGGCAAGAAUCUCAACGUGGAUGUGAAGAUGGUGAUCGAGCCAGUGCAGGUGCAGCCCAAGGACAAGACGCGGCAACUCACCAAGACCUCCGUCACCACCUCCCUCAACGCUGAGGCCCGAUUCAGGGUGAAGAUGGUCCGCGGGCGUGAAAAGAUGAAGUUGGUGAGCUUGACUGUUGACAGCCUGACCCCUGAAGAGGUUCAGAUAACCCGAAAUGACAUGGACAUUGACGAAAUUCUCAUUUCGACCGCUCGCGAGACGGUGGUGAAUGCCAUCGACACGGCUCGCAUCGCUAACAUCCUCUCGGCGGAGCUGGAGAACAUCUUCCAGGAGGAAGACAUUGUCCAGAACUUCGACAGCCACCCCGCUCUCAAGUUCCAGUAGGAGCGCCAGCCACGUCGGGACAGAGAGAGCUGCUGGAGUCACGCUUCAUCUUGCCAUAGCAUUGCUGCGCCUCAGUUGCAUAAAAAUGACGGUGCUAUGAAGCUCAGAAUGAAAUUCAUCGACAAAAGAAGAAAGCCA